CUCUGUCCGCCUCAUUCUGGCGCCACGCGAGCCAAGACGGCUUCACGACGCCAGACGCCAGACGCCAGCUGCCUCGGCCCCCUGAAGUCCAAGGGCGGGCAGCUUGGCGGACCAACCAACACCUUCCUCAUUCCCACGACAUCCUCACAACGACAUGGCGAUGUCAAGCACGCCCCUCUCACCGACGCAUUCGGGCACACCACAAGCAGCAGGAAUGGCAACGGGCGAACUCUCCGACUGGGUCAAUCGGGUUCGUUCUGGCUCGCAAGUCAACUCGCCUGUUCCAGGAGGAGCUGCUACCACGGACUUUGAGGAGGAAGUACGACAGUCGAGAUUGAACAGGCAGCAGAGAAAGAAGAGGUUGAGUGGCCAGGGCAUCAGUGGAUUCGAGAGGGCGGAAACUUAUGAUGCUCCAUCGAGCGAUGCUUCACGCCCUACGUCGUCGUCGGCCUUCUCUCACGACUCAGCUUCUGCGGUACCAUCUGCUCGAGGCGCGGCUCUCUUGGCGCGAUACGGCGGUCAAGCGGGUCCUACAGGAACAGCAAAUGCUGGUUCUGGCUCAUCACCCGUCUCGCUCGCCUCCUUCAUGGGCGGAAGAGCGGCAGGACCGCGAUUGGGCAAGUUGGCAGGAGAUGGCAGAUCAGCCCCACCAGAGGCAGACAUGAUUGACGAUAGUCGAAUCCGCAGAGGAGUAGCAUUGCCUGGUAUGAGUCCCACUGGAGCCUCGCCCGGUGGACGAAGCUUGGCAAGCUUCUUGGACGCGAGAGCUACAGGCAGGGAAACGGCUACGAGUCCUGCGGCGGCUGCGGCAUCGUUUACACCUUCGUCACCUCGAACGACUGCGCGCGCUACUUCUCCCACUCGCGGCUACACCGAACCUGCCGCAGCUCCAACACGGCACUCACCCGUCCGUAGGUCAACUUCCCCGUCGAAGCCCGCCUCUCCCACCAAACUCUCCGCUCCCUCAGCUGCGCCCAUCUCCGUCCCUCGCCCAGGAUACGAGCGCGCCUUGUCUUCCAACGCCGAAAUGAAGCAUGCAGCCACGUCACCGAUCAAAUUUGAUGAGCCCGGCGUAAAGAGUAUCACGCCUAGCGCAACACCAGCAGGGUCGCCCGGCCCAGCCUCGGCUGCCAUGAGCCCAGCUUUUGCGCAACUGCAGCGCGCCAAUUCAUCGGACCGCAUGCCCACGGCGAGUCUAACAAGAUUGAAGGGAAAGGGAAUGGUCGGCCAGAGGUUGAAGGAGGCAAAAGAUCGAGAGGCGGCUUCGAGUGACAGCGCGAGCGGCAGCGGCAGUGCGAUCGUGCCCGGUCGAAUCACGAUCCCUCGAUCGCAGCCGCAAAGCCCAUCCAAGUGGGGUGCGGUAGACACGACGUCAUCUCCCGCACGAUCAUCGACUUCGCCCUCUUCAGAGAGGAAGUGGCAACGCAGCGGGAAUGCUUUGCCUGGCCUUUCGCGACCGACAUCCAGUGGUACAUCUAACUCCAAUGCUUUCCGCUCCCCUUCGCCUGUACGCGAGGCCGAGCGCAACGACGCACCGCCUGUCCGCUUACCGGGCAUGGGAGGAGCAGCUAGUCCAUUCGGGGCUUCAGGUGGGCGAGCUGCCAGUCCGACAAAGGUGGCGAGCGAUGAUGGCGGUGCGGAGGCAAAGCCGCUUGAACACCUCACGGCAAGCAGGGCGAGGGGUCCGGCAAAGAGAUCAGCACGCGGAGGAGCUGCGCCUGAGCCGCAGAGCAAAGCAGAGGCACCUGCGGUCGUCGAGGGCAAGCCCAGCGCAGUGGAGGUAGUCGAGCCCGCCGCUGCACCAGCCACCACGCCCGCCGCCGCACCCGCGCCAUUGCGUAGCACCGCCGGCCCUCGCAUAGCCGUCCUCAUCUCUGGCUCUGGCUCCAAUUUGCAAGCCCUCAUCGACGCUACGCACACUCCCUCUGGCCCGCUAGCUCACGCGCAGAUCUCCUUUGUCCUCUCGAACCGCAAAGCAGCGUACGGACUCACCCGCGCUUCCACCUCCAACCCGCCAAUUCCAACCGAGAUCCUCGCGCUCAAGACAUGGCAGAACCGCAACCCCGGCGGAACGAGGGAGCAAUACGACGAGGUUCUCGCGCGCGCGGUGCUCGAAGGCGGGAAGCCAGACUUGAUCGUUCUUGCCGGGUUCAUGCAUAUCGUCUCUCCCGUCUUCCUUCGCGCCCUCGGCCACGACACCGAGCUGCCAAACUCUGGUGCCCCCGCCUGGCGUCCUUCGCGCCCAGUUCCCAUCAUCAACCUUCAUCCAGCCCUUCCCCACGCGUUCGACGGGGCCAACGCCAUUCCGCGUGCUUAUGAGGCGUUCCAACGCGGUGAGGUGGACAAGACGGGAAUCAUGGUGCAUGAAGUGGUCGCCGAGGUUGAUCGCGGCGCACCUGUGCUGGUGAGAGAGGUGCCCAUUCGCAAGGGAGAGACGCUCGAGGACUUGGAGGAGAGGAUGCAUAGCGUUGAGCAUGAGUUGAUUGUUGAGGCCACCCGCGUUGUGCUCAAGCGCAUCGAGGAUGGGGAAAGUGUGGCGCUAAUCCCGACUCCAGCUAAAAGCCGCAUGGUGCCGCUCAAGCGAGCCGGGGACAGCGCUACCUUUGCGAAGCUGUCCCGCAACGCUCAGCAGCUUCUCGCACGCCGCUCAACCCCACAGUUGCCCACCAUCAACACUCUCUCGUCGGAAGUCAUCCUCAUCCAAUCAGAUGGCUCGACGUCCACUCUCCCUCCCUCGGACGCUCACAUUCUGCAUGAAGGCGAAACGCAAGCGAUAGUCCACCGCUUUAAACCCUCCCGCGGGGCAGAGGAGGUCCAGACACGCGUGUACGCUCGCGCUGGAGCCCGGUCGGGAUACGUGCGCGAGGGCGAGUCGGGGAGGGAAGGACGCAAGCUGCAGGAGCUGGCAAAGCGAUAUGGAGCGCAGGUGACGGACGCGAGGCAGGGCAAGGAGAGUGAGGAGCUUGCAGCCCUCUUCCCUGAUGCCAUCUUGGAGACCAGGCAGGGGGCCAAACGCUCUGCCUGGGAUAAGGGGGACUCGAUGCUCUCCCGCGUCAGCUGCUCGGGCGCGGCCACCUUUGUCGACCAAGUCGAGCUGCACGCCUCCUCGCUCAGCUCGGCGAGCUCUUUCGUCCUCUCCGUCGCUGGCACGGUGCUCGUCUGGCACGGCCGCGGCGCCUUCGACUCGGAGCGCGAGGCUGCCCGCCGCUUCGCUGAGAACUUGACGAGUGGCAAGGUGCAAGAGAUGGAGGAGGGCGCCGAGAAGGGAUUGUGGCACGACGUGCUCGGCCGUGGAUCGUACGCUGGCGCCUGGCAUCACAGGAGACGAAGGGCGGAGGCACUGCUCAGUAGCACGGCACCUCGUCUGCUGCUCGUGCGCGCAGGUACGGGCGACCUGGAGGAGAUCUCAGGCAGCUGGACAGCCAGCAAAAUUCCGCAAGCUGGUGUGUCCCUCGUCGUUUUGUCCUCGGACGUCUACGUACUCGUAGGCCCGGACGCCCGCGGGGAUCGCAGCGAAAUCAGCGUGGCUCUUCAAGCUGCAGAGCACCUCAAGCCGCGAGCAGCACACGUUCUCGUCUACCCUUCCCUCACCCCACGCGAUCUUGCGUCAUCCCUGCGAUACUGGUCAAGCUACGAGGCUGGGCUUGUGAGGGGGUCGAAGAGGAUGAAUGUCGUGAGUGCGAAGCAGGCAAAGAGGGAGUUGGAGGAGUGGAGUGAGGUGGGCGAGAGAUUGUUGGCAGAUUUGAAGUGCCUGCCGGUCGGGAUCGAUGAAACAGCGGUGUUGUGAGGGGUUGCGAGCGAG